ACAUGUGUAUACAAUAUAAAAGCACAUGAUUUGAACAUUUUUUUCCUUUUUCUCAAAAUGGUUCUCUCUCGUGAUUUGAUUCUUCUUUUUUUACAUUUCUUUGGUCAGUAUUCUUGGUCAUCCUAGUUUGUCAUAGAUCGCAGUCCUCCUUUUUUUGGUCACUUUCAAUGAGUUUAGAGUACUAGAGCAUAAUUGUGUGGUUUGAAGGGUACAACAGAAAGGACUGUCAAUUGUUUCAAUUUUCUGCUCUGGAUUCUGAAAAUGGGAGUUUUUGAUAAGAUUUGUGUGAAGGAUAAGGAUCUCGUGUCUAACUUGCUUGCUUUUCGUGAACAAAUAUAGAAAAUUUACCAAGUUGGAAUCUGGUUCUGAAAGGCCUACUUUAGAAGCUAUAAAAAAGCUUGUGAUCCUUUUGUACUAUUCUCUCAAAUGUCUAGUACCUUCAACCGUUUUUAACUGUCACAUUAUAGUAUCAUUGAACAUAUUGUUAUAUGAAAUACACUACAAUUUAUCAUGAUAAAUGAUAACAACUGCAGGUAUAUUUAGCUGGAUUUUUUUUAAUCUGAAAUGGGAUAUCAACAAACUCCGGAAUCCAUGUGUAAAUCAAAAUUUGAUGAAGCUGGAGAGACUAUUAUAGGUUCUUAUGCUUCAUGGCUGGCCAAACAUCCAUCUGCUUUGGAAAAUUUUGAUGAGAUGAUGAACAAGGCCAAGGGAAAAGAUAUAGUAGUCUUUUUGGACUAUGAUGGGACUCUCUCCCAAAUUGUAAAGGAACCUGAUCAAGCAUUCAUGUCCGAAGCUAUGCGUUCAGCAGUACGUGAAGUUUCUCUAUAUUUUCCUACUGCAAUCGUUUCAGGAAGGCGUCGAGAUAAGGUGUUUGAAUUUGUUCAAUUGGAGAAUGUGUACUAUGCUGGAAGUCAUGGGAUGGAUAUAUCAACUCCAUCAGGCUCCAAAAAGUAUAGUGAUCACAAAUUUCAAACUAGAACCACUGACGAAAAGGGGAAUGAAGUUGUUCACUUUCGUCCAGCUCAAGAGUUUCUUCCUAAGAUUCAAGAGAUACUAAAGGCUCUAAAAGAUAAGACCAAAGGCAUAAAAGGGGCUAUUGUUGAAGACAACAAGUUCUGCAUCUCUGUUCACUUUCGACAAGUAGUAGAUGAAGAGGAUGUUUACAUACUUAAAGAGAUGGUGGAAAAUUUGAUAGAAGCUUACCCCAACUUCAGAAUUGCUUCAGGGAAAAAGGUCAUGGAGAUUCGUCCGAGAAUUGAUUGGGAUAAAGGUCGUGCCCUACAAUAUUUGCUAGGCACUCUCGACUUAGGUACCUCUAAUAAUGUUCUCCCAAUGUAUUUAGGAGAUGACAAAACUGAUGAAGAUGCUUUCAGGGUUGUACGACGUGGACAAGGCUUUCCUAUUGUCGUUUCUUCAACCCCAAAGCAGACUAAGGCUGCAUACUCUCUGAGAGAACCAAGUGAGGUCAUGGCCUUUUUGAUACGGCUAGUGAAGUGGAAAAAAAGUGUUUCAUAGAGUCAAGUUCAUUGCCUAAAAUUAAUUACUAGAGAACGAAAAGCUGAGCUAUUAAUAUGUUUAUAUAAUGGUUAGUGGUGAUGAUGAUGAUGAUGAUGAUAGGUGAUUAUUGAACUUGCCUGUGUUUUUUGAUUUGGCAAUUUAGCUGUGUUUGCUCCUCACUUGGGUAAAAGUGAUGGUGUUGACAUGGCUUUGAUGAUGAUUAGUUCUUUUGCAGAGUAGUUAUCCUAAGAUCAAUUUUAGGUGACAUAUUUAUUAUAGGGGAGAAGAGAACUAUAGAAAGCAUAUGAUUCAUGUUCUGGACAACUACUAUAGUGUUGUCUUUUCAAUUAUAAUAGAUCAAAGUAGUGAUCGAUGCUUUUAUAGCGAUUAUGCCUUGUUUUGAGAGACCAAAAAUACUAUUUAUAUAUUUUCAUUCUAGUACUAUUUACAUUUCUUU